AGCAACUGUAGCAACCAUGAGAUUUUCCGUGAACAAGCUCGUCCCGGAGCUCGUGGCCGCCGCCGAGCCAACGCCGUCCGGCCGCCUCCCGCUCUCCUCCAUGGACCGGAUUGCAGCAGUCAGAGUCCUGGCGGACACGAUACUUGUGUUCCAGCAAGGCCUGGCGCCGGCGAAGGCCAUCAAGGCGGCGCUCUCCCGGGCUCUCGUCCCUUACUACCCGGUCGCCGGACGCAUCUUCGAGCCGCGCCCCGGCGAGCCCGAGGUCGCCUGCACCGGCGAAGGCGUGUGGUUCGUUGAGGCCUCCGUGGAUUGCAAUCUCAAAGAUGUCAACAACUUGGAGCGCCCCCUCCUGCUGCCCAAGGAGGAGCUCAUCCCAUUCGCUCCCGCUGAAGUGAAAGAGGAAGAUUUGAUCAUGAUGAUGCAGGUGACGGAGUUCACAUGCGGCGGGUUCGCAGUGGGCACCCGGCUGAGCCACGUAGUGUUCGACGGCCUCGGAGCAGCCCAGUUCUUGAAAGCAGUCGCCGAGAUCGCAAGAGGCCACGCUCGUCCCGUCGUCCACCCAGUCUGGUGCAGGGACGCCAUCCCCAGUCCGCCGAAGCUAUCGCCAGGUCUUCCACUACCCUCCUUCGAGGCUUUCAACUUGGAGAACUCCGUGUUCGACAUCCCCUCCGACCACAUCGACGCAGUGAAGAACCAGUUCUGGAGGGAGACGGGCCAGACGUGCUCCACCUUCGACGUGGUCACGGCCACGGCCUGGCAGUGCCGGACGCGGGCGAUAUGCUUCGACGCCCACGUCGACGUUCACCUCGGCUUCGCCGCCAACACCCGCCACCUGCUGCGGGGGUUGCUGCCGCAGGAAGGCUACUACGGCAACUGCGUGUACCCCAUGGGAAUCAAGGCGAAAGCUGGAACCAUCGCAGGUUCCUCGCCGGUGGCGGUGAUCGAGCUGAUACGAGACGCCAAAGAGAGGAUAUCCACCAAGUUCUUGGACUGGAUGAUGGGGGAGACUGCGGAGGAGGACCCUUACCGGGUGCCACCGGGGUACGGGACGCUGGUGGUGUCGGAUUGGAGACUUAUGGGGUUCUCAGAGGUGAACUACGGGUGGGGAGAGCCGAUCCAUGUCACUCCGUUGAAUGACGACAGUAACUUCGUGGCGUCCUGCAUCUAUCUGUCGCCGCCCAAGCCGAAGCAGGGCUUGAGGUUGAUGACACGAUGCUGUGAAAAGGAUCAUCUACCCGCCUUCCAUGAAGAGAUGAUGAAGUUUUACCUAGAACUACAAUGAGAGCGGGCUACUAUCCACCGCCUGCAAGUCAUCUUCGUCAUUACCAUGCAGCAGGUGUGACAUCCUCUUGAAUCAUUAUAAACCGUGUAAAAACGACAUGUAUGACAUACAUACAAGGAAAUAAAUAUUAUGCGUCA